AUGGAACCAGGAAAGGAGAUUGAGGUUGUUGGAACCUGUGCCUGUUACUGUGACCCCAUUACCUAUUCAACUAAGGAGCAUCUGGCUACAUUACCAGAGGACAUGGAGGUCACAGUGGGGGUACAUUCGAAGCACCAGUACUCGCAUGUUCAGUUCAACCGCGUUGUGCAGGAGCUGCGUCAACUUAUCCAGUUGCCUCGUGUCGGAGCAGUCGGCGAGAUUGGGUUGGACCAUUCCGUCCCUUGGGAGCAGUGGGCUGAGCAGUCAGUUAUGCUGGAGAAGAUUCUGCCACUUGUGGAACCCAGAGGAUACAUCUCCAUUGUUUCAGUGGAGAUUCCUACGUGCGUGACCAGUGCCUUCUCACAGCUGUACUUUGGAUUCACUAGUAUGGCUGCUAAGUUCAACAACCAGCAGUCCCAAGCCGUGAGGGGAAUCAACCCUGAGAGAGUACUGUUAGAGACGGACGCUCCAUAUUUUGCCAGAUCUGGAACCAGGUGCUCUGCACCCAAACCAACUGUUACGGACAGCGUCGUCUCUAGCACGUUACUUCAAGAUGAACCCGGAAUCACUGCUGGCUACAUCUGUUCAAAACGCCCGACGACUGCAUCUACGCUUUUCCUGUAA